UGAGUGUCUCUGUGUGUGUGAGUGUGUCCUCUGACAAAGGGUCCAUCCAGCCAUACCCUGCGUUCCCAGAGCCCAGAGCUCCAGUACUCCCAGUCUCUCCAGCUAGACGGAGCCCUGACACACACCGCCCGCAGAACCGGAGAACCGGAGAACCUGUGAAACCUGAGGAACCACGGGAGCCCUUAGGAACCGUCUCCCCAGCGCCCGACACUAGGUCAUCCACCGGAGCCAGGAGGACGCCUUCACUGGUUCUCUGUGCAGACGGACCGAGACAUAAAACCUACCGGCAGAUCUCACCCUGCACCUCCCGCACCGCCCCGGAAAGCCUGCACCACCCAAACCACCCGGACAGCCUGCACCACCUGGACCGCCUGCAGCACCCUCUGGAGUACUGGUUGCUCCGGAACCCCUCCUCUGCUCCUCUCUGAUCCGUCACCGUCCCUCGGUGGUCCGUGAACCGGCCGGGUUCGGUGGGGCAUCAUGCGCGUGUGCGUGCGUGUCUGGUGGGUGGUGGGCGUGGCUCUGCUGUGGGGGGCGUGGCCGGCGGGGGGGCGGAGCGUGAGGCAGACGGGCGGCUCCAGAAGAGAGAGACCCCCCACCCAGCUGGAGGAGUUCUCCGUCCCCAAGGAGAACCUGCUCCCUCAGGCCGUUCCUCGCGGAGCCCAACGCCUCCUGGAGCCGGCGGAGCUCCGCCUCCUGGGGCCACGCCCCGUGGAGCCCCUCCUCCUGGAGCCGGCGGAGCUCCGCCUCCUGGAGCCCCGUCUGGCCCGCAGCGCGGGGGAGGAGGAGGAGUCCACCUUCGGCCAAUCGUUUGAGUCGGACUGGGUGACCACGCCCCAGGACACCGACAUCACCUCCGCCCCGGAGCAGGCCGGAGAGGAUUCCGGUCACCACGGUAACAGCUCCAUCCCUCCAGAUCACCACGGUAACAGCUCCGGCCCCCCGGGGCCCCUGCGGCCCUCCUCGCCCCUGGAGGAGGGCUCUGCGGCGGGCUACGCCAUGCUGGGUCUGGGGGCGCUGGUCCUGGCCCUGGGGGUGCUGGGUAACAUGGCCGUCAUGUGCGUGGUCUGGAACAACUACUACAUGAGGUCCGCCUGGAACUACCUGCUGGCCAGCAUGGCCUUCUGGGACUUCCUGGUGCUGGUCUUCUGUCUCCCUGUGGUCGUCCUCAACCAGCUCUCCCAUAGGAGGAUUCUCAGUGACAUCACCUGCCGCAUGGUGCCUUAUAUGGAGAUGACCUCGCUGGGCAUCACCUCCUUCUCGCUGUGCGCCCUGGGCAUCGACCGGUUCCACGCGGCCACCAGCGGCUCACGACCCCGCCCGCGGCGCGUGGAACGCUGCGGCGCCGUGCUCCUCAAGCUGCUCCUGGUGUGGGGCUGCUCCCUGCUCCUCUCCAGCCCCGAGCUCUUCCUCUGGGAGCCCUCCUCCUCCUCCUCCUCCUCCUCCUCCUCCCACACCCUGGUGGACUCCUGCUCCCUCACCCCCUCCUCCCCCCUCUCCCUGCUCCUCCCCGACUCCCUGCACUCCCUGUUGCUACGAUACCACCAGGGGCGUAUGUGGUGGUGUUUCGGCUGCUACUUCUGCCUGCCCGUCCUCUUCACGCUGCUCUGCCAGCUCGCCACCUGCAACGUCAGCAGCGACUCGAGCUCCGCCCAGAAACAGCGUAGCCAUGACGACCAGUCGGCCCAUCAGUCGCGGGAGCAGCACGCGGCCGCAGAGCGGAAGCUGAGCUGCACGGUGCUGGCGCUGGCCGUGGUGUACGCCGUGUGCGUUCUGCCAGAACACGUGUGUAACAUCACGCUGGCGUACACACAGAUCAGCCUAUCACAGGACACCCUGGCCCUCAUGGCCCUCCUACAUCACUUCCUGCUCUUCUUCAAGUCCUCCGUCACGCCCGUACUGCUGCUGUGCCUGUGCAAGGCUCUGGGCCAGGCCUUCAUGGACUGCUGCUGCUGCUGUUGUCAGGAGUGUCAGCCAAUCAACUCGCAGGGCUCACCAGGCUCUGCCCACAUCAAGCUGAAGACAGCCAAUGAGGUGGCCUCGUCUGCCAUCUUCUUUGAAAAGGCUAAAGAUUCAUCAGCUAUCCUAUCUAUCUCCAGCUAGACCAGUCUCUCUCUCUCUCUCUGUCUCUCUCUCUCUCUGUCUCUCUCUCUCUCUCUCUCUCUCUCUCUCUCUCUCUCUCUCUCUCUCUCUCUCUCUCUCUCUCUCUCUCUCUCUCUCUCUCUCUCUCUCUCUCUCUCUCUCUCUCUCUCUCAGAGUUUUAGCUCUUACUUCUCUAAAGUACUUCCUGUUGCCUGUGGGGAAGAGGUUUAUCUUCGUCCAACACAUCCAGUGGCACAUACACCACAAACCCAUCUCCCUGUCACCCUUUCACCCCAUCACCCCAUCACCCAAUCACCCUUUUCCUGGCCUCUCUCCUCGCUGUGAACCCAGGUUGGUUAGCCCUGUCUCACUGUUGUUGUUGUUGGCCUCUGAUCCUGGAGUCUGUGCAGCAGCUGGAGAUAAAGAUCAAACACAGGAACCUGUGUUUGCCCCGACCAACCAGGUCAGGGCAAGCAUGAUCCUGCAGAACGCAGGGCUGCUACGUCAGGGCUGCUUCAUCAGGGCUGCUCCGUCAGGCUGAUGGAGCUGAUAAAUGCUGUAAAUACACCUGCUGCUAACUGUUAGGCUAGGAGGCUUUAGCUAGCUAGCUUGUCCUCCAUUAAAUAGCUAAUCAGCAUAUUCCUAAUAACAUUAAAGUCAGAGACAAUGCUAACCUCAGCUAUUACCAUAUUUGUGGUGGAGUCGUCUGCUAAUAUAUGUGUGUGUAUACAUAUAUAUAUAUAUACAUAUAUAUAUAUAUAUAUAUAUAUAUAUAUAUAUAUAUAUAUAUAUAUAUAUAUAUAUAUAUAUAUAUAUAUAUAUAUAUAUAUAUACACACACACAAGCAUGCACAAACAUACGUGUAGAGCUAAAGUCAAGUAAAAUGGUAAACGACAAUGAAAAUUACAUAUUUAAGUUUGGAUAUUUUUGCCUCACUGUGUUUUGUCUCAGAAGGUCACAUGGUACGAUCCAACCAAUCACGUGUAGUGCUGUUACUUUAUCAAUAAAGGUUUGUAAUUGAAACUGUG